AUGGCGACGGGACGCUCAUCUCUCAAAGGUCAAGCUGCCAUCGUAACUGGUGGUGGCUCCGGUAUCAACCUCGCCUUCUCACAACUUCUGGUUGAAUUUGGUUGCAAUGUACUUAUUGCUGAUCUCGGCCUUCGCCCUGAAGCACAUGAAUGGAUCAAAGCUACAGAGAACUCCGGCAAUGCGAAUCUAGGCCGCCCCUUUUUCCUGAAAACUGAUGUGACUGACUGGUCCCAAUUGGAGCGUACGUUUACUGAGUGCAUUGCACGAUUUGGACAGAGUCCCACGAUUGUCGUGCCUGGUGCAGGGAUCUUCGAUCUUUCGACGAAGUCCUUCUGGGAUGACUGCGAUACAGACAGUCGGUACAAGGUACUGGAUGUCAAUCUGACGCAUCCAAUCAAGAUGACUCGUCUGGCUAUACGGCAUAUGCUUGAUGCGAAGAACAAUACUGGCCAUGCUGGAGUUUAUGGCACCAUUAUUCACGUUUCGAGCAUCACGGCGCAGCUUGCGAGUAUGAUUACGCCGCUCUACGCAGCGAGCAAGCAUGGCAUCAGCAGUUUUGUCCGUAGCAUGGCACCUCUUCAGGAGGCUGCCGGCAUUCGAGUGGUCGGCGUUGCUCCUGGCACGGUCGCAACUCCUUUGAUGACGGAGCAUGCUGCAACUGCGAGCCUCCUGAAUCUGAAACGGGAUUUUUUACUCCCCCCGGAAGAGCUCGCUCGGGCAAUGAUGGCUCUUGUCCUUGACAUAAAACGUUACAAGGCCGGUACCAUCCUUGAAGUGUGUGACAUUGAGGGAAGAUGGCGGGAGGUCUCGCUGCUAAACGAUCCAGGACCUCAAGGGCCCGCAAGCAACAUAACUGGAAGUAAACGGGCAGUGGUAAACGAUAUCUGGAAAAUUUUGGGCCUUAGAACAGGGGCAAAAAUAUGA